AUGUCCAAUGACCCAAGUGGAACUUCUUGCAACUAUCCGGCAAAUUUAAUCACUAAUCAGCCGCCGUUCCUACCUGACUCUGAUAGAAUCACAGGAAAAACCGAAAAGAAGCCAGAAAAGAAAUCAGAAGAAAACACGUGUUUCACGAAAGAAGACUGUGGUGAUAUUUGGGAUUGUUGCAAUAUACUCUGCUGUUUUUGUAGCAUAUUCAGAAGUUAUUGA